UGUGGUUGCUAGGCUACCAGUCAAGGGAAGGUUCUUUUGCUUGGAAAAGUUAUAUGGGCUGGAAGGCUAUUUAUUAAAAUUUAAAAAGUGACUAAAAAUGUCGGAAACAAAUGAAAACCUCAAUAGCCAAAAGUUAAAGUGUGAAUUCUCUAAUUUAAUGUCCAAUGGGAAAUGGCUAUUUGUUAAAGGAGACUACGAAAAUGCCAUAAAAGGCUUUACAGCGGCGCUUUCUUUAAAGCCUGACGACAGGACUUGCCUUGUUGGUCGGUCCAAAUGUUACUUGAAGAUUGGCCAACUUGGAAACGCUUUAAAAGAUGCUGAGGCUUCACUCAAUGAUGACAAGUCAUUUUUUGAGGGGUUGUACCAGAAGGCAGAAGCUUUAUACUACCAAGGAGAAUUUGAAUUUGCACUGAUGUUUUAUGACCGAGGACAAAAGAUUCGUCCCCAAAUUCAAGGGUUCAGGCUGGGUAUCCAGAAAGCACAAGAGGCUUUAGAGAACUCUAUUGGUAGCCCUUCUUCAGUUCAACUGGAGAUUAAGCAAGACGUUUUACACAAAUAUGAUGAGGCGAAUCUGGCAAAGGAGAAAAAACAUCCCACUAAGAAGAUCUCUAAGAAUGAAAAGAUGACAAAGGAACUAUUGGGAGAGUUUUACAGAGACAAGAAAUUUCUAGAGGAUCUGAUGAAAGAUAAAGACUUUGUUAAAGGUAGGACAAGGCGUGGGGAACAACUGCAGGACAUUAUUCAGAGCUGCCUCAAAUCACUUGACACUUGCACUGAAUUUUGGAAUCAGGAAAAACCAAUCUCUCAAGAAAGGAACCGGCAGCAUAUACAACAAAAAUGUCGGGCAUCUUCUGAACCUGCUCAGUUUCUGCUGAGGAGCUUCGACGAUAUCGAUGCAGAGCUUACUUCUGGAAAUGCAGAAGGUAGUGUCAAGAAGGCUGAAGAAGUCAUGAAGAUAGUGCAAAGGUGGUCAGAGAAAGAGGUUCCUAAUAAAAAAGAGCUCUUGGGUAAUCUGCACAGUUGCAUUGGAAAUGCUUUGUUUGAUCUGGGAGACAUGGACAAAGCAUUAGAGCAUCAUCAGAAAGACCUGGAUUUAGCUAAACAAUGCAAACUUCCAGAAGCAAAGUCAAGGGCUCUGGACAACAUGGGCCGAACUUAUGCUCAAAUUGGACAGUUUGAACAGGCCAUUGAGUUCUGGGAAAUGAAGAUUUCCUUGGUUUGUGGUGGUUUUGAGAAGACUUGGCUGCUCCAUGAGAUUGGCUGUUGUUAUAUGGAGCUUAAUCGCUAUAAAGAAGCCAGAGACUAUGGCGUCCUUGCAGCUGCUGCAGCUGGUGAAAUCGGUGAUGGGAAGUGGCUAAUGAAUGCCAAUGUUUUGGUAGCACAGUCAGAAUUGAAGCUUGGAAACUUUAAAUCCUCUGUGUCCUAUUUUGAGGAAGCUCUGAUCCAUGCAAGAUUUCAAGAUGAUGACUCUGCAAUGAAUGCCAUCAAGAAGGCUAUUGAUGAAGUAAAACAACACCUAAGAUAGUGAGGAUGUCUUCGGGGAUACGUAUGAAUUAGAGAACAGCUUGGGAAAAUGCCAGAAGAAGACCAAUCAACGGUCAAGUCCUCCUUUAUUUAAAAAUCUAAAUAAAGCAAAUAUAUAAAGAGGAUCUCUCAAUGUAGCAGACAACAGUUAAUUGUACUGAAGUGGUGUUCCCUGAAAAAUCUAACUUUGUAAGAAAAAGUACUUAAGUCUCAAUUUCAUCAUAAGUGUUUUUCUUGUUCUGGA